CUGUUCAAUUUAUUGUAUCCCAGUAUUGAUCAUCAUCAAUGAAGACUUCAAUUUAUAAAUUUUAUUCGAAAAAAUUUACUAAUUUUAUGAUUUCAAUGAGAAAAACUAUAUCAACAACAAUAACAAUGAAAUCACAUUGGGAACGACAAUUUUUCAUUAUAUUUCGUACCAUUGGUUUAAUAUUGAUUUAUUAUACAUUUUCCAUUGGUAUUACAUUCUAUCAAAAAUGGUUUAUCAAACGUUUUCAUUAUCCAUUAAUAAUUGUUGUUUGUCAUUUGAUUAUAAAAUUUGCAUUGGCAUCAUUAUUUCGUUGGUUAUAUCGACAAAUAACCGGUAUAACCCGAAUAACAUUACAUUGGAAAGAUAAUCUUAGACGAAUAUCAUUACCUGGUAUUGCUUCAGCAUUAGAUAUUGGUUUUUCAAAUUGGAGUUUUGAAUUUAUAACGAUCUCAUUGUAUACAAUGACUAAGUCAACAUGUAUUAUAUUUAUACUUGCAUUUGCAUUAUUAUUAGAUUUGGAAAAAAAGCGAUUAUCAUUAAUAAUCGUUGUAUCAUUGAUAUCGAUUGGUCUAUUUAUGUUUACAUAUAAAUCAACACAAUUUCAAUUGAAUGGAUUUUUACUUGUACUUAGUGCAUCAAUGCUUAGUGGUUUACGAUGGACAUUAUCACAAAAAUUAAUGCAACGUAAAGAAAGUUCAUUAAGCCAUCCAAUCGAUAUGAUGUAUCAUAUACAACCAUGGAUGAUUAUUGGCCUAUUACCAUUAGCAUUUAUUUUUGAAAUAUUACCAUCUAUAAAUUAUAUUGAUUAUGAUGAUCAUCAUCCAUCAACAUCAUUGAAUAAAAAUGAUUUUCCAACAUUAGAAAUGAUACCAGAUUUUUGGCAUCAAAUAAUGAUUGGUUCAUUUUUAGCAUUUUUAAUGGAAUUUUCUGAAUAUCUUUUGUUAACAUUUACCUCAAGUUUAACAUUAUCAUUAGCCGGUAUAUUCAAAGAAAUUUUUACAUUAUAUUUAGCUGUUAAUUUUAAUGGUGAUCAAAUGAGUUUAACAAAUUUUAUUGGUUUAAUUGUUUGCUUGUUGGGUAUUAUCAUACAUGUUAUGCUUAAAGUUAAAGAUUCAUAUUCAGCUAUCGAUUCACAUUCAUCAUUAAAAAAUCAAUCAUUAUUAUUUACAAACAAUGAAAAAAAUGAUGAAUCAAUUGAAUCAAAACGUUUACUUGGUGGUGGUAAUAGUAAUAUUAAUGGUGGUGGUAUUAAUGGUGAUGAUAAUAAUAGUGAUAUUAUACAUUUUGAUAUUGUAACAAAAAUAUCUGGUGAUAAUGAUAAUGAUUCAAAUGAAAAUGAUUUAUUUGGGGCCAAAUCAAUUUGAACAAACAAUGAACAAAAAUUGACCAAUUUUUUCUCUUC